AUGACAGAGGAAGAAGACAAAAAGCGGAAGAAAGUCAAGAAACCAAGCGCAGAGGUGUUGCAACGUCGUAAGGAAGGGCGGAUCAAAGCGGCAGCCGCGUUGGCAUCCAAUCUUAAGAAAACUGGCAUCAUGAGAGUGGAAGAGCUGAAUGGAUUCCCGUUGUCCAGUAUCAAACCCGUACCAUUAAUUAAUCAGAAAAACUACUUCACAGAUUACUUGAAGAAAGACGAGCAGAUAGUGUUUAUUCGUCGGUGGCGGGCAGAGAAGUUGUUGAAGCAAAAGUUAAAGAAAUUGAACCUGAAGAAACCAGAUGACGGACAAUCUGAAGAUGGGCCUAGGAACUUCGACGACUUUAAUUUGAAUGAUAUUGAAGAGGAAAUGAAGAGAAAAAAUGUGGAUCCAAUCGAUGCAGAUGACGACGAUGAAGACGACGACGACGAGAACGGGGAUGUGGACGUGGAUGCUGAUGGUGAAGCCGGUGAAACCGAUGGGGUUGUAACUGAAAAAGCACGUAUUGGUUCGGACGUGGUGGUGAUACAUCCAGGCUCAUCCAACUUUCGAAUUGGUAAGGCUGUCGAUGCGGUGCCGGAGUGUAUUCCAGCAGUGGUGGCUAUUCGUCAUUCUACUCUGCCUAGCGAUUAUUUACCUGAGGCACCUCAAAGAGACUAUUUGGCGACUGACAUUCCAGAAGAAGAUAAACGAGUUUGGUUUGGUGAAGAGUUUGAAGCCUGUAAAAGUGAAAUGACAAAAGACUUCAAGGCCCGGAUGCGGUUCUAUAAACGUCGGGUGUUGCCUAACUCUCGUGAAGUUGCUGCUAACUUCAAUAAACGUAAAGAACCGGAAGUGAUCCCUGAACAUAAUGAUCCACAUAAAACUGAGUGGAUAGAUGUUGGCCAGCAUGAGGGUCAACGUCAGUUUGUUGGUGAGGAUGCUUUGAAAUUACCAAUUUGUGAUAAAUUUGGUGAGUGGAAGCUAAGAAGCCCAAUCGUCAACGGGAGAUUCAAUGAGUCUAGCGAUUAUGGGUCCAGAGAAGAGCUUUUGGGGGAUAUUUCUUCGAUUAUCAACCUUGGUUUAUCCAAACUAGACAUCACCAAUGUUAAGGACUUCAAGUGUAUGUUAAUAAUCCCUGACUUGUAUGAUAAGGUGAUUGUUGAGCAGUUUGUUCAAACUCUUUUGCAAACGGUAGGAUUUGGGCGUGUUGCUUACCUUCAGGAAAGUGUUGCUGCAAGCUUUGGUGCUGGUACUUCGUCUGCAUGUAUCAUUGAUGUUGGGAGUCAAACUACCACCGUGGCUUGUGUGGAUGAAGGGUUGGUUAUCAACGAUUCAAGGAUCCGACUCAACUUUGGGGGUGAUAACAUCACUGAAACCUUGACAAAAUUCUUGUUGCAACUGUUUUUUCCAUGUCGUGAAAUUAACUUAAACUACCAGUAUGAUUGGCAAUUGGCCCAGACCUUGAAGCACGAUUUUGUCACGUUCCAAGAUGCUGAUAUUGCAGUGCAGAUCUACAAUUUCUAUCGUCGUAAGCCUUUUGAGCACACGUUAAAAUACGAGUUCAAGGUGUUUGACGAAGUGAUGUUAGCACCUUUAGGGCUUUUCUAUCCCAAUAUUUUUACCAUUCAGCAGAACCCGAAAUCCCGGCUUUUUCCCAAGGCUGUUGACCAAUACUCUCUUAAGUCCAACAACCCGUCAUCGAAGUCGCAAGAGAACAUUGUGAAUGGAGUCAGUUUCACCAAUCUCACCGACGAAGAUCUCUUGGAGAGACUUCACAACAGCUACAAGGCGGUGAAGGGUAACAAUCCUUUUGCCAAAGCCAAGCUUACAUCCACCGAUAUCAAUGAAACGGCAGCUCUGUUCCCUCUAGAACGUGCCAUCAUUGAGUCAAUUACCAAUGCAUGUUUGGCCACUGAUAUCACCAAGGUUAAAAAGUUCUACAGCAAUUUGUUGUUUGUAGGAGGAGGAUUGAGCAAGAUUCCCGGUUUUGAUACCUUGAUGACCGACAGAAUCAACAUCUGGAGACCCAAAUUCUUAUCUACUAGUAAUGUGGAUGAACUUCUUGAAUAUGUUGAGCAGCAAGAAAAGAAGUCUCAACAACUUCGACAAAAGCUUGUCCGUGAAAUCCUUGCCCUGCAUGGUCCCGACGAGCCCGAUCCCGCUGACGAAUCUGCAUUAACACCUGAAGAAUUGGCGUCGGUUGAUGAACAGUGUCAGUUGACUCUAGAUUUGGAUUAUGUGGACAGUCUCGUUGACAAGGGACAACUUCUACCUGUGACAGUGUUACCUCCACCGCGGGAAUUUGAUCCUGAGAUCUUGACGUGGAAGGGUGGUUCUAUCUACGGUCGGUUGAAGGUGGUGAACGAGAUGUGGAUUUCCCAGAACGAAUGGGACUUAUUAGGAAGUCGGUGCUUGUACUAUAAGUCGUUAUAUAAUUAUUGAAUACCGAGCAGAAUGAAUAAAAGUUGUGUGAAUA